CGAUCGAAGGCGCUUUUGUCAGAUCCGCCAUGUCUUCCCGCGGAGGUGGACGGGGGAAGGCUGCCUUGAAGCAGAUCGUGGAAGGCGCGGCCCCCGCGAAGAAGGGAUGGCAUCAAGCAAAGAGGCAGAGGAAGGUCGUCCAAGCCGUGGCCACUGGCAGUGCGCGAGAUGUUGUGGAGGAGGCUGUGGUGGAGGAAGAGAUGACGAACGACGAGGAUGACUUUGAAGACGACGACGAUGAACCACUGCAGAAGAAGGCGAGGGUCAGUUCCGCGGGGGGGGUUAGAAUAAACGAGGGGGGGGAAGGGACACCGUCUGCACGGCGCGGCGGUGGCGUUGCCGUGGCCAACCAACCAGUCUUUGUCGACGUGGCACGCGACGUGGCGCGCGACCUAGCAAGGAGGGACGUCGGUGGCCGCGCAAAGGAAGGGGCCGCCUCGCAUGACACUGCGCAACGUGUGCUUGCGCCAGUGAAUCGCCCCCGAACCCCGACUGCAGACGUGGCGGGGAGUUCCCAAGCAGCGGUUGAAGGUGGGACGUUGCGAUCUCCCGCAGUGGCGACGCGCGACGGCGCUGUGGCGGUCCCGGGAGAGGCGGUUGAAGUUCCGAAGGGAGGAGAUGGCGUGGCGGCCGGGGAAGACGACGAGGCUCUGGUGCACAGGCUGCGCGGGCAACGAGCGGCGACACAUGCGAUGGAUGCCGCCGCCAAACUUUGGGAGGACGUGAGAGGGCUCACGGGGGAGAAAGGGUUUGUGGCAUCGUUUAUGACUGUGGUUCGGGGCAGGACGCCAUGAGCAUGCCGGGUUUGUUUGACUAUCGUGGGAGCGAUCGUCGUACAAGUGUUUUUUUGUGAUCUCAUUGAUGACUGUGUUCGGGGCAGUACGCCAUGUGGAAGUCUUUUUAUUGGCAACUUUUUUUUGUUCACUGGAUUUCGACAUGCCACUGUUCAGAGGUGGCAUGCGUAGUAGAAGGUGUGCAUUGGUAGCGCAGCGAAUAUCCAUAUGGGUGAUGUUCUUUUUUAUCUUCGCAACGAUGCGUGGUCUUCUGUUUUCAUUCCAUCCAUCACUCGUUUAUUUUUUUGGGAAACGCAUGCACGGCGGGUACGGUUUCAUCUCUCAUUGUCCAUUGAAUGUUCGUGGCAACAAAGUUAUGCGUCAUGG